UGCCACUCCAGGCCCGAGAUUUCACACGACUCAGGGGACUGUCUCAGAGCCUUGAAGCCGAGGACAGAGCUUCACCCCGGGGACUAAAAUCCUUCGAGAUGCCGCACAAAAAAGGCUGGUUGUGUCCGGAUGAGGCCGACAGCGUGAGGAGGAGGUCCACGGUCGAGCAUCCAGGGGAAAACCAUGGCGACCACACUGACCACCAUCACCGGUUCCCACGGAGAUAUUCCCACACGGACCGGCUCUGUCCUGGUUCACAUCAAAUGGAUCACAGCCAAGCAGAAUCUCACUCUCCAGAAGCAUCCGGGCACCACUUCUGUCAAUACACCCCCAAGUGCUUCCUCAAUGUUCACAAAGGAAGUCACGGAGGGUCACCACGGUCCAAUGCGUCUUGGUACGGAGAUGAGGCCUGGCACGACAGCACCGGCAAAACCACCAUCAGAGCAGAGAACGAGGUGGAGGCGCACAGAGAGGCCAACAACUACAAGUUUGGCUUCAGGAAAUGGAAGGGCCACGUCACAGAGAGGCCCAUCGAGAUCAGAUCAGACAUCGACAAAGAACUGCACUCAGACCUAAGCACCGUCAGACCACAAGAUGGCUCCCUGGUCACUUGUGGGAAUGUGGCUUAUGUCAUUUUCUUUGGAUGGUGGAUUUCCUUGGUCUACUUCAUCAUAUGUCCCCUAAUGUUCAUGACCGUCCUCGGAGCAGUUUAUGGAAAGCUCUGUUGGAAAAUGGGCUGUUACUUCAUUUGGCCUUUUGGGAAGUCCAUAGAAAAAAUGGGUGAUGUGGUGUGGAAAACCGUGCCCAGACCUCCUCGAUGUGAGAUAAUCCCGGAGGAGAGGGAUAGUCCGACUGGGCGGAAGGACUCCUCUCCUCUGCUGGCCUCGCCUCCGUUUCCCGUGGAGAUGCCUGUGCCAGAACCUCCGACCAGAAGAAUAUCAAGAUACUGGUGUCACCCUCGUACAUAUGUGUGGCUCUUACUGGGGUACCCGGUCCUGGGGGUGGUACACUUCGUAGCCUGCGUGAUCUCGUGGCUUUUGGUUUUCACGAUUCCUGUGGCCAAACUCAACGCUCGAGCCGCCACCAUUGUGCUCCUCAUGGCUCCAGGAGAUAUACACAUCCACAAAGUCGACAAAACUUUACUGUGUGAGACCAGAGUCGUUUUGUACUGUAACAAAGCAAUGAACAUUCACUACUACAAGUAUUCAGUCCAAGGAAUCAACAUAUUCGCCCUCAACCUGCUUCCUCUUGUAAUCACCAGUUUAGUGAUUGGAUACACCGACAAGGACCACACUUACUUCAGCGCAGAGACAAAGUUCGCUACAGCCAUCACCGCCAUCAUUCCCCUGUCCUAUUUUAUCGGCAUGGGAAUCGCCAGUAUUUCAGCGCAGAGUAACUUUGCGGUGGGAGCUGUGGUGAACGCGACCUUUGGCUCUAUAACAGAGAUGACCUUCUACAUCACAGGACUGUUACAGGGCCACAAAGCAGGAACCAAAUGUUAUGAGGAGGUCGUCAAAGCUGCGCUCACUGGCACCUUACUGGGCUGUAUACUCUUCAUACCUGGAAUCUGUAUGAUCAUUGGAGGCAUUAAGCACCGAGAGCAGAGGUUCAACAGUCGCUCGGCAGGAGUCAGUUCAGCUCUGCUCUUCAUUUCCAUCGGAGGGGUUUUUGCUCCGACCCUGUUCUCAAAGACGUUUGGGAAUCUGGUUUGUGAGAGCUGCACCAGUGUCCCAGGGAACAGCAGUGUCCCCUUCAUCUGCAAGGACUGCCACUACGACUCGAGUCAAACUGACCCACAGCUGAUUCUGUCCCACAUUGAACCGCUCGUCUACACCAUCGCCGUACUGCUGCCGGCCGCUUACCUCAUCGGCCUGAUUUUCACCCUGAAGACUCACUCUCACAUCUACGACAUACACAUCAGUGAUAUCCAGGGGGGCCACGCACACGGUCAGUACCAGCAGGAGGCGCUCUCACACCACCACCACCUCUCUACUGCUGGCCCUGUCCACGCUGCAAACUCCUGCAUUAACGCCAGCCGCCAUGUUGUACCAGUAUCCGACCCCGUGGUGCACUGGCCUCGCUGGAGGGCUCUGGCUGUUCUCAUCGUCGCCACGGUGCUCAUGGCCUGCUGCGCCGACCUCUGCAUCGAAAACAUAGAACCCAUGCUCACGCACUCUGCCAUCUCCCAGUAUUUUAUCGGCGUCACACUGUUGGCCAUGGUCCCUGAGCUGCCUGAGAUUGUAAAUGGUGUUCAGUUUGCUGUACAGAACAACAUCAGCCUGAGUCUUGAAGUGGGCAGCUGUAUCGCGGUGCAGGUUUGUAUGAUUCAGAUUCCACUGCUCAUCCUCUUCAAUGCUUUUUAUGAGGUGGGAUUUGUGCUUUUGUUCAGCGACAUCCAUCUAUGGGCAAGCAUUUUUAGUGUCAUUCUGUGCAACUAUAUAUUUAUGGAUGGAAAGUGCGACUAUUUUCAAGGCACAGCUCUUGUAGUGGUUUACUUCAUCCUCAUGGCUCUGUACUUCUUUGCCCCCUCUCCACGCUCCUGUCCAUCCACUUGAAAGAUUUAGAAAAAUGCUGAUUUGAUAUAAAUUUGACUAAUGUGUAAAAUAGUGUUUUUGUAAUAAUGUAACUAUGUUUUCCUGUUUGCCAUUUAAUACUAUUUUGCUAUUUAAAUUCUGGCUGUUAUGUAUUCUGAUUUGUAUUGGAAAAAAUAAACUCAAAUAUUUACAGU